GGCGCGGGACGCCCCGAAGGGCACGGACUGGGGGCGCGGGCGCUGCCGGAAGCUGGGGCGGGGCGCCGCGCGGGAUGCGCUGAAGGGCGAGCGGCGCGGCGGCGGCGAUGAGUGCCUCUGCGGCCACCGGGGUCUUCGUGCUGUCCCUCUCGGCCAUCCCGGUCACCUACGUCUUCAACCACCUGGCGGCCCAGCACGAUUCCUGGACAAUCGUAGGGGUUGCUGCCCUCAUCCUGCUCCUGGUAGCCCUGCUGGCUCGUGUCCUCGUCAAAAGAAAACCACCCCGGGACCCGCUGUUCUAUGUGUAUGCAGUGUUCGGAUUUACCAGUGUGGUGAACCUCAUCAUAGCACUGGAACAGGACGGAAUCAUUGACGGGUUUGUGACACACUACUUGAGAGAGGGUGAACCGUAUCUGAACACGGCGUACGGGCACAUGAUCUGCUACUGGGAUGGCUCUGCUCAUUAUCUGAUGUAUCUGGUGAUGGUGGCAGCCAUAGCAUGGGAGGAAAGCUAUAGAACCAUUGGCCUCUACUGGGUUGGAUCUAUUAUCAUGAGCAUUGUUGUUUUUGUGCCAGGAAACAUUGUGGGGAAGUAUGGAACACGCAUUUGCCCUGCUUUCUUCUUAAGCAUACCAUACACUUGUCUUCCUGUCUGGGCUGGUUUCAGAAUCUAUAAUCAGCCGUCAGAAAAUUAUAAUUAUCCCUCAAAGGUCGUUCAAGAAGUGCAAGCAAAGGACCUGCUGAGAAGACCGUUUGAUUUAACGCUGGUCGUGUGUCUCCUCCUGGCAACUGGAUUCUGUCUGUUUAGAGGCUUGAUUGCUUUGGAUUGCCCGGCUGAGCUCUGCCGAUUUUAUACACAAUUUCAAGAGCCCUAUCUAAAGGAUCCUGCUGCUUAUCCUAAAAUCCAGAUGCUGGCAUACCUGUUCUAUUCUGUCCCUUACUUUGUGAUUGCGCUUUACGGCUUAGUGGUUCCUGGAUGCUCCUGGAUGCCUGACGUGACACUGAUACAUGCUGGAGGUCUAGCCCAGGUCCUACAAGCAGCUCAAACUAAAGAAAAGGCUACAAAGAGGAGAGGCACACUGAAGUUCAGAGAGCAAGAGACCAGGCCUGAUACCCCAUGUCUGGAAGAGAUCUGCGGGCCUCCUUCACUCACAUGUGGCAUGUGGCAGCAGCCUGGGGGUCACCCCACAGUUCAGUCUCUGAACUGAACGAACCAUGUGUCAGAGCAGACACUGUGUACUGGGGAAAGAUGAACUUUGAGUCUAGAACUCGUAAAGUCCUGCUUCUGAUUUUAAACUGUGCCAUCGAAGGCAUCAUUUCCUCUCCUGGGGCCUUGACUUUCACAUCUGUAAAAUGGGAUGGUUGCACUUGGUGACCUCUAGGUCUCCUUCAAUCUUGAAAUCCCAUGGCUUGUCUAAAACUGAACUAAUUUCCCUUGAAUCUAGUUUUGUUUUCUAACUUAAUUAUUGGUAUAGUCUGUUACCAGGAAAGAAACCUUAAUCUUUUUAUUAUUUCCUCAAGCCCCAUAUUCAGUUUUUUUACCAAAUACUCCCAAUUCAGCUCCAGGAAAUGUCUCUCAAAUUGAUCACUAUUCCCAUUAGUAAGUGUUGUUCCCUAAACAAGUUCUCAUGAUCUUUUAACAAGGCCAUUACAGGUCUUUCAAAGUACCUCCUUGUCUCCAGGCUUUCCUGUUACAUUCAAUAUGACCCUCCAAAGACAAUUUAAAAUGAAUAAUUUCAUUUGAAUAAAUUCACUAAACGUUCAA